AUGUUUUCAUUAUUGGGAUUAAUCGACGCCAAGAGUUGGCCACGGAUUGCACGACUCAAUCAUAAUGACGACCACAUGUAUGGGACGGGUGGCCGAAGUGCACAGCCGUGUCGGGCCUGCAAUGACUUCAAACAAUGGGCGCAAACCAAUGUCCACAACAAGACAACCGAACCAACCGGUGAUCAACACGUGGGCAAAGAGUGUCCGCUAAGUCGUGACCAAUUGGGUCGAAACACGUGGUCGUUAUUGCACACAAUGGCCGCGUAUUACCCGAAAGAGCCGUCACCUCAACAGCGGACAGAUAUGAAGCAAUGGAUUGAAAUCUUCGGGCGAUUCUAUCCGUGCGAUGACUGCGCCAAAGACUUCCGCUCAGACAUCGCAACAGAUCCGCCGCAGACACAGAGUCAACAGGCGUUGAGUCAAUGGUUUUGUCGGAUUCACAAUAAAGUGAACCAAAAAUUAGGCAAAAAGUUGUUUGAUUGCAAACGAGUGGACGAACGAUGGCUUAACGGCUGGUCCGACGGGUCGUGUGAUUAG